GGGUGGGAGUCAGCGCUGCUUGCAAAUGUUUCCCGGAAUGAUGGGUAUUUUUUAUUUGUCACUCCCUAUCAAGGCUCCUGUUCCUUAUAUAAAUGCUCCUGGAGACAGAUAAGCAUCGGCUCAGGCUCAGCGACCCAAUCCAGAAUACACCUUAAUCAUGGGUCACAAUAUCACUGCCUCUCUAAUCUCCAAAUUCAGGUCAUCAACUUCUCUAGCAGCAUUCAAAGGUAGCUUGGCCUAUGUGUUAUGUUUUAUCUUAUUCUUUCUAGAUUCGUUUCGAGGACUUCUUCAAUUCCCAACCGCAGGCGGUAGCGCCAUCCUCUUCUGCAUUGCUGCUUUCCCCGGCAAAUCUAUUGGCGCAUGCAUGCUCAGCGUAUCUCUCGGUCUAGCGGGCAUCGCACUAGGCACUUUGGACUUUGUCGUGUUGGCACAUUUAUCCGCUCAUCCGACGGUUCAGGCAAUCGUGUUUUUCUUGAUGGUCUACAUCUUGGGUCGUAUCAAAGCACUCAGUCCGCACCUCCUACCAUUCUCCGUGCUAUGCAUUCUAAUGUCAUGGAAUGGUAUUUAUACUUCAUUCUUGACCUCCCAUCGAGGGUUCUCGCCAGGAUACAUGUUCAGCUAUUUGCAAUCUUAUUCUUGGGGAGCUGUAAUCGCAUUUUCCGUAAACAUUCUGGUCCUCCCCCAUUCUGCUGAAAAGGAAUUUCGACUCGCUCUUGUUGAUGCACUCGACCACGUCAAGACUCUGGCCCAUUUGAUUGAUAAAACCUAUCGCUUCGUUAUCACUGAAGACGAGAAACUGAUCAGAGAUAAUUUGGUGGACUCGAUUCGAGGGGAGCUGAAUGCAUUGGAGAACAAACUGAUAGAAACCAUCCUAGAGGUCAACUAUUCAAAAUGGUCCCUCACCGAUUACCGAAAAAUGCUCCAGUUGACCAUAUCAAUGACCCGAUCAUUGGUCACGGCACAUUCGAGUCUAAUGCAAGUGAACCAAAUCAGCUCGGGUACCUUUCAGGAAAAUUUUCUACUAUCUUCGUGGAGAGAUAUGCAAUUGUUGAGGAAGCAAGUCUUCAUUGCGCUUACAGAAAUACAAAAAGCCCUGGCUACAGGCCCGAUGGUAGCCACGUUGGAGCAAAAGCAAUACGAAUGGUUGGAAGAGGAGCUGGUCUCAACCAUGGCCAACAACAAUCUUCUCGAGAACCUAGAGAUGACUCGUGCCCAUGGGGAAGAGGUGCCACUAUUCAGCCCUCAUUCUAGAGAACCAGAGUUCAAGAUGACUGAAGGAGGAUCCAGAAGUCAAAAUUACUCUGCAAACUCGCCACACAUCCAAAGAACGGAACACACACCCGAUGGCCGAAUGUAUUCAAGUAACAAUGGACCAAAGCUAAAAACCUCGACCAUUCCACCCGCUCCAUCAACCACACCUUACUAUGAUCCAGUGUGUGAAUUGAUCCAGAUCCACUGGCACGCUUUCCAAGGCAUCCAACAUCGGCGGAUCAACGAGAUUAUGCUGUUUGGAAACUUUGAGCACCAUCAGAAAGAAGAGAUGCAGUCUGAAAGAUCACGGCUAUCCUUCAGCAGUUCGAUCAAACCCUCUUCUGAGACCCCAAGCGUCCGAUCCACCCGUCAGGAAGGAUCAAGGAUCAACGAAAGAAGUGGCAUGUCUUCUGACUCGCUGAUCAUCAACCGGGAGCCCUCCUGCGAUUCUUCUUGUGAGGAGAGGACGGACGACUCGACCCUUGGAUCGGUGGAAGAACUGGACAGUGUCGAAUUAUACCGCUCCUUAAUCAGGGCUUCAUCUUAUUCAUUUGCGAUGAAGAACUUUUUACACAAUUUGAUGAAGAUCCGAAGACUUGCUGUCGAGUGGAACAACCUGGAUUCCACGAGGCCGAGCCGAGUCCAAAUACACGCCCUCGAGGCUUUCCGUCAGACGACUCAAUUGGACGAGUUCCCAUCGGUCAACGAGAGCGCGACUACAGCAGGCCAAGAUGAAGACACUUAUCAUCCGAAAGUGAAGACAGAUCAGCAGGCAUUUGACAUGUUAGCAUGUCGACAAUCGGCGAAGGGAGGCAUGAGUUUGAUGAGACGCUUGAAUGCUAUCGAUCGGUUCUUCAGAGCGUCCAAUAGCAUAUAUGCCUUCAAGAUGGCUUGCGCAUUGACGAUUAUUGGUACUCUGUUUUGGGCGGACAAGACGAGAAGUUUCGCCCUCGAGUACGGACUUGCGGCCUCUAUCCUUACCGCCGCCGUCGGCGUCACACCUACCUUGGGACAGACAUGGCUCUCCUUCAUUUCUCAGUUGAUUGGACAAGGCUUUGGUUCGGUAUAUGGGACAGUCAUGGUAAAGCUUUUUAGUGACAUUGGCGGUUACCGAUACAACCCUUACGGCCUGGUGGCCGCGCUGACGCUCUUAUCGCUGCCGAUGUCACACAUCCUCUAUGCCAAACCCCACCUGUUUGUGAUGCCUUUUCUUACUAUGAACUCGGCUGGUUCGUUAAUCUACAUCGAGUACGUCAACCAACAUCACCCAUUCGACUCCCCCGCGCUCAGACUUGGGAAGAACUUGGUUUGCCUGGUCUUCGCUAUUCUCGUCGUCACCUGUGUCCAAAUGUUCUUGCUGAGGAACCCGGCAAAACAUACCUUAAGAAGCUCAGUGGCCAAGCUAAUCCACACAAACUCAACAUAUGCUCUGAUACUUGAUUCAUUCAUCAAAGCGGUCAUGACUCACGAUCCCGAGAUCCGACCAUCGAGCCAGGCAAUAUCACGAGUGAAUGAAUACUUAAUUGAGAUUGAAGACCGCCUCCAGCAAGACAUCUUAGGCUUGAUCCCUUUACUAGGGUUUGCUGGGCUUGAACCUUCACUCGGGAAAUCAGCAUCCACUGAAGCGGAGUAUCUCAACAUUCUCAGGGCCAAUCAAGCCAUUCUAGAUCGAAACCGCGAAACACGGAUCGCUAUGGGGGGUGCACCUUUCUCGGAGAUGGUGCUGAGGGAAUUUGCGGAGGUCCUGCAGCCACAACGACAGCGAACCUCGCAGCAGAUCUCUUGUAACUUUCACCUCUGCACAGCUUCCUUGAAAGCUAAGCUUCCCUUACCCACACUCGAUCCUCGCCCGCCGUCGAGUCAGGAGUUCAGUCGGCAGAUGUUCCACGACGCGGUUGAGCUUUCGGCCCGCUUGGUCCAGUCCCCCGGCGGGAUUGCCCUCCUCCAGGAUGACGAAUUGACCCGAUAUUGGACAUACCUCCUAAGUACAAACGGUGUACUUGUGCAACUAGAUAAAAUCCGAAAAUCAUGUCACAUUAUUCUUGGAACUAUAGGAGAAGGAGAGGGCUUGGUCUGAUUUAUACUGGGCUUUUCAAGAUUCAAAUUGCAGAGCGCUGGUCAGAACCAUCAUGCUACCAUUUUCUAUUUACUGUAACUUCUUUAAUAAGAUUAGUCCUGAUGUAUUUUCACCACUCAUAUUCUGAUUUGUCCUUGUAUAUAUCCUUAAGGGGGUUCACAAUUGAACUUUAGAGCCAGUUUUAAGGUGUGGUUGAGCAGCAUUUCAUAAGCUUUUUGGGGCUUUCCCAUUUAAGAAUUUCUGAACUUUCUGUACAUCACAAAAAAAUUAUAAAAUUUAUGAUCAGAAACACCUUAAAAUGGCCUUCAAGUUCAA